AUUCCUAGCUAGUGACACUCACUAAUCUAGUAUAGAUAGGAAGGCAAAUAGACAAUGUACAUACGCAGACGAUUUUGCAAGCUCUUAAAACUGUGGCUGGUGGUAAUGACGAUUGUUCCGAUCAUCUGGAGUGGUGCCUGGCUCAGCAAUCAAUCAACCACAAAGUGUGAGAACAAACUUAACAAACCUUUCCUGGUCAUUGGUGUGUUGUUCUUGCUGAUUUCUUUAGCAUACUUAACCCUUUUAUUCUGCAACAACCCAGAUAACCCAAUAUUAAACAUCUGUGCUGCUGCAUUGACAAUUCUGUUUUUGGUUCUGUUGGGUUACACCAUUUUUGGUCUUGUUGUUACCACCACCACUCGUAAUACUCUAACUAAUCAAAUUCAUUAUUCCAAAUGGAUUCAAAAUCUUGUACUCCACAACAAUCAUUGGCGUAAUCUUAGAGAUUGUUUUAUUUUUCAAAGUAAACUAUGUUCUCCAUUUCUUGAAAAAGAUUUUCAGAAUGAUUCGUACCAACAGUUUCAAUCAACACACUUUUCCUCUAUUCAGUCUGGUUGCUGCAAGCCAUUGAAGGAAUGCAAUUUCACAUAUGUUAGCCCUGCAGUUUGGAACAAACCAACAAAUACAACUACAAUUACAAAUACAGAUUGUGAUGAAUGGAGAAAUGAUCCAUCCGUCCUUUGCUUCAACUGUCAAUCAUGUAAAGAUGGUUUCCUCCAAGACAUAAACAGAAUCUGGAAGAGGGUUGCCAUUGUUAACAUUGUUGCAUUGAUCUCCCUUGUUAUGGUUUGGUGGUGCGGCGACUGUGGACCUGAUCCUGAAGACUAGCAGCUCGCAGCUACUUAUUAAUCCUACUAUUUCAGACUUGUAUUUUUCCAACUUGAGGCAUCAACAUCUUUAUGUAUAUCUUAGACAAGUGUACUAUUGUUAUGAUCUAUAUUACUUGGACUCGGAUACGGAUAUUGGAUACGCAAGAGUGAAGUCAGGAUUUAAA